CCAAUUUUAACAAAAUCAGAUAUAUCUAUCUAGUUUUCUAUUUAUAUAUAAAAAACAAAAUUAUGCAUAAUUCCACUUACUGAAUCAAACACGAUAACUUUCAAUAUAAUAAAUAAAUUGAAGCAACUAUGGCUUUUAUAGGCAUUGUUAGUGAUAAACUGAAUGAAGAAAACUACGAGAAUUGGAAGGAAUGUCUGGAAAGCUAUUUGAAAUCGCAGGGGCUUUGGGGCAUAGUGAGUGGAGAAGAAAAGGAACCACCACAAAGUGAUAAAAACCAAUACGAUCUGUGGGUGAAAAACAAUGCCAAGGCAUUGCAUGCCUUGCAAAUCUCAUGCGGGGCUCACACUAUUGCCAAAUUCGGAGGUAACCAAUCAGCCAAAUACCAGUGGGAUCGGUUGGCUGAAAAGUUCCCCGCCCCACUGCCACAAGGCAGUGGCUGCUUGCUCCGUCAAGGGGAAUCAAAUGUCUUCCAAUACGAUAAGCUAUACCGGCAAAUCGAAGAAGGUAAAGUGGAGAAAGUAAAAGAGUUCCUUCGUGAAAACCCUAAUGCCCUGAGAGAAAAGAUUACACUGAAAGAUGACAGGGCGCUUCACGUGGCGGUUAUGGCUGGAAGAACGGACAUUGUGAAGGUAUUGGUGGAGAUGAUGGGAAAAGAGGAGCUGGAAAUGAAAAACGACAUGGGGGAGACAGCCUUUUCCAUUGCUACCAUCAACGAAUCCUGGAAGAUGGUGGAGGACAUGGUGGAGAAGAACAGCAACUUGCUGACGCUGAAGAAUCGGUAUGGGGCGAUCCCAGUGGUUGUGGCUUCGUUGUUCAGUGCCAAAGAUAUGGUUCGUUAUCUUUACCAAAUUACACCAAAGGAAAUACUGAAUCCAGAAACUGAAGAUCGAAGCGGUGCCACACUACUCAAUUCCCUCAUCGCUGAUGGCAUUUUUGGUGAGUUCAUAUUUUUAUGUAUAAUAUAAACAAGUAGAAUUAAUAAUCGCUGAGACAUUAACAAAUGGUUUGGAUUGUUUAUGAUUGGUGCCGGUGAACUGAAUACUGUAGAUUUAGCGAUAAGUCUGGUGAAAACAUAUCCAAAACUUGGGGUUACAGAAGAUAUAAACAAUAAUUACGCCAUUAAGCUGUUGGCCCAUAAACCAUCGGCAUUCAUGAGCAGUAAGAGUUUCGUCUUCUGGAAACGUUGGAUCUAUGACUCUUGUAUAAAGAUAUCAGACAGAGAAUUAGAAGAUGAGAAAAUAAUCAAGGUUGAGUUAAGGAGAGAUUUAGAGAGCAAUACAAUGCAGCAUCAGCCUCCAAGUGAUGUGCAUAGUUCGCUAAUGAAUUUUAUUUGGAAGCUUACAAAACGGUUUGGUAUGCAACAUCUACUUCCUGCAAUAUUUUGAAUUUUGUUGUGAUGUUUUCAUUUUAUAUUAAUACAUAAUCUUUCUGUUUCAAUU